CAGCCUGUUGACAACAGACCAGCAGCUCAGGAAAACACAACUCAACCGCCCAUGUGCACAUGACCUGGCUUUUCAAUCAGAUUCGACUGAGAGCGGAAAAUGCUCUGCUUUUCAGCACCCAUACGCUAAUUUCCUCCGCCUGCAGUGUGAAAAUCAAGGCGAGAAACAAGAACAAUUGGAGGUGCUAAUCACGGCGAGCAAAAACAUUUUGCCCAUUGUAUAAAUUGCGGGAACCAGCCAAGUGAAGCCACAAUUGACAACUUGCAGUCCAGCUAAAACCAAGUUCACUUUUGAUAACAAAAAUGAACUUUCAACAGAUCAUCUUUCAACUGAUCGCCUGCUUGGCGUUUUUUGCGCAAGUAUUUGGUUAUCCUCAGGAGCGAAUUUCUUCAGCAGAACAGAUCCAAAGACUGAGAUCUGCCACAGAUGCAGAAAAUCAAGCCCUAACAUCCAGUGAAACCCUCGAAAACUUAUACAGAUAUGAACGAACUUUAAGCAGACUGAGGAGAGCCCUGGAGGAGUUGGCCUAUGAGGAGGCAGCCGAUGACAUGGAGCUGGCAGAGAUCAAUGUAUUCCGACCUCUGUUCCGAUAUCGAUCGCAGGUGGUGAAGGUGAAGAAUCCCAACUCCCAGCAGCAAUUUGGCUAACUGCUGAAAAAUAAUUGAUAAAAUAGACUUAAGCUUACCCACCUCGCCACAUUUCACAAAAACUGAUCACAUGCCAUUGAUAUUUUUUUAUACAAACCUAGCUUCUUAAGAAAUAAAAGAAAACUAAUUUAAAUUGUUAAA